GACCCGCCCCCGCCCCUCUCUCCGCGCAGGCCAUGGUGAACCCCGGCGGCAGCGCGCAGCCGCCCCCGGUCACGGCGGGCUCCCUCUCCUGGAAGAGGUGCGCCGGCUGCGGGGGGAAGAUCGCCGACCGCUUCCUGCUCUACGCCAUGGACAGCUACUGGCACAGCCGCUGCCUCAAGUGCUCCUGCUGCCAGGCCCAGCUGGGGGACAUCGGCACCUCCUGCUACACCAAGAGCGGCAUGAUUCUCUGCAGAAACGACUACAUCAGGUUAUUUGGAAAUAGUGGUGCUUGCAGUGCCUGUGGACAGUCCAUUCCUGCUAGUGAGCUGGUCAUGAGGGCACAGGGCAAUGUCUAUCAUCUUAAGUGUUUUACAUGCUCUACCUGCCGGAAUCGCCUGGUCCCCGGAGAUCGGUUUCACUACAUCAAUGGCAGUUUAUUUUGUGAACAUGAUAGACCUACAGCUCUCAUCAAUGGCCAUUUGAAUUCACUUCAGAGUAAUCCACUACUGCCAGACCAGAAGGUCUGCUAAAAGGUCAGAGUAAUGCAGAAUGCGUGCCUUCAUCUCAAAUUUUGUUCAUCACAGAUGGAUCCCAUGUCUCCAAGUAGACAAGUCACCUUUGUAGCUAGCAUCAAUGCCAGCUCCAUACCAUUGCACCUUCUUUAUUCUUGAUUGCCCUUCCCACAUUUAUUGGUGUAUUAAAAUGACUGAAUAUGAACAUUAAGGACUCCAUGAACCUGGGCUAAUGGGAGACUGUAGAGAAAAUGAAAAAAGAUCCACCUGAGGACAUCUUGGGGGGGGCGGGUGGGGAAGAUGACUAAUGAAGCUAAUUAAAAGAAGCAUUGAAAUCUGCUUUCUACCCUCAUUAACAAUUAGCAGGGCACUGGCCAGUUUGUACCCUGUGUUUUACCUUAACAACAUUCUAUUUGCUCUUUGUAUAUUUAAGUGUUGUAAGGAAAUGUGUUUCAAUCAAACUGAACAUGAGAUAAAGAUGUGGCUUUUGUGAUAUUCUAUCACAAACACUUUUAUUGUAUCUCUGUAAAAUACAAUGUAUGUAUGCAUGUAAGUGUUUUUGUCCUAAUGUUGCUACUUCCCAUGGCAAAAAAAAGAAAAAAAAAAGAAAAAAAAAGUCAGGCUCAUAGCAGCUACUGUGUAGAAAUUUUCACCUACUUCUAAUUUGCUGAAUGAAGAAAAAUCUUUUAUUUGUGAUAUUUUCAGAGACAUUUGCUCUAGUAUGGUGUAUUUAAAUAAUAAAAAGUAAAACAAAACCAA